AUGGUGUUCAGUUCUGCGUAUAGGCGAGCUUACAAAGAGCCUUCAUGGGACGAUUACAGUAAGAAAGAAUUUAUUAGUAAGCUUCAGUAUCGAUCAGAUCGUAGAUCGGUGGAGCAUCGGCAUCAACCCUGGAGCUGGGAGAGUGAUAGCAAAGACGAAGAUAUUGAAGAAAUUCCAGCAGACGAUGGAAGUUACGACGGAGGACGUCGCGGUCGCGAAAAGCCUCCCCGUGAUGAAAGAAUAAGCGACCGUCAGGAACCAAAACAAGCUUGGGAAGAGGAACGCAAGGAAAUUAAAAGGCAUGAUAAUGCUGCUGAUAAGGCUUUAGUACUUCCUGAGAGGCUAAGAUACGAAGAAGACGAAGAGGAAAAACCAAAACAUUCACAAGUCACUACAGACGCGUGGAGACCAAAGGAACGUGAUCGCAGAAAGAAAGAUGCUCGUAAACAACCUAGGAAAAACCGUUCGCGGUCGACUUCGCCCGAAAAAAAUCGCCACUCCAAAAAGGAAAAGAACAGAGCUCCUUUCCUUCCGUAUGGAAUGGCUAACGAAGGACCUGUGGAUAUGUGGAAAACGCACAACGUAUUGGCUUCACAGCGAGAAGUAAGCUAAAUAACAUAAACAGAGCAGAUAAAAUUAAAUUAAUUAUUUAAAUGCUUAUCUUUUUUGUAACAUUUAAUCUUCACGGCAAUUUGACUGGUACUUAGCUGCUGGAAUUGACUGAUGCGUUAGGGUGAAAUUCUGACAAGCGCCAUGGCCUUGAAUCAGCAACACAGGACAGCAUAAAUGGCGGCAAAUGACACUAAGAUAGGUUUGAACUGUGACAGUGACAGAGAAAAGUGCAAGUACAAUAGUAAAAUGCUGACUGUGAUCUGACUUCCUCCUCAAUACGUGAAAUGACAGGAUUUGAAGUUCAGACAAGGGACAGAUGUAACUUCCCUAGGAGGGCCUCUCCAAUGUCUCCUGGGUGCUACAAUCAUCCCAAGAGACAUUGAAGAUGACAUUUCUGCAAAAAUUUUGGGUGUAAAAUAAUUUCGCCUCAAGCUCCCCUUCCCCGGUUGAGGACCAAGUACCUUUUCUUCUUACCCCUGAAGAUAAAAUUGCAUUCACCCCUGAAGACUUCCAUAAAACAUUGGUUUACCCCUGGAGAAUAUGGGUUCUACCCCUGAAAAAUUUCAUGAAAAUUAAAGCUCCACCCACAAAGAAUGCCAUAUAUACUUUUUUCACUCUACCCCUAAAGAAAUCCUCAAUAUUUUUAUAACUUACCCUCAACCGGUGGUGGGGAGGGGGGUAAAGGUAUUAAAUGCAGUAGCCCUUUGGUUGCUGACAGAAUUACAUGUAAUGUGACAAGUGUGAUCACCCUUACCAAUUAUUGUACUGCAAAUGUUUCUUCUCUUUCAUAUUUGCCAAGAGUAAAAUUUUAGACGAUUCAGUCCCCCGCUUUUCCUCUGUGAUUAUCAAACAUUGCCUUGAGUUCAAGAAGCUGCCUUCUUGGUUUCAUAGGUUGGCAAAAUCUUGGCGGGAAAUAGCACUUUGCACUCUCCCCACCUUUUGAUUAACGUGGCAGACUCUCCCACACAUGGGUUGAUCUUGACAUUUGCUGGGAAAAAGAGAAGACAUUUAAGCAGACUAGGAUUUCUACAUCUUUUAUUUACAACCUAUUUUGAUGAUAAUCUGUUUUACAGGUCUAUCCAGCUGCCUUGCGUGCUCAGAAAAGAAGACAAGAAGAAGUAAAAAGAAAGGUACAACUGCGAGAGGAAGCAGUCAAAAGAAAAGAAAAGCCAGCACAUUUUGAUGCUGAUGUUGCAUUUCCUAAAACUUGGUGGAUGACUGAGUAUCAAAGAAACUUUUGUAAAGAAGAGGACGUCAAAAGACAUUUCCUGCGAUGACAACGGGAACAAGUGUUGUGCUUUCAAAAGUACAGCCUUGCCUUGAGUUUAGUUUUAAAAAUGGUAGUCAGAAAAACAAUAAUGUUUUUAUAAUAGUUAAGUGUGUUGUGUAUGCAGUGCAUGUCUGUUUUAAUAAAUGUUUGU